AUGGAAAUUGACCAGUGCUUGCUGGAGUCCCUUCCCCUGGGCCAGAGGCAGCGUCUGGUGAAGCGCAUGCGCUGUGAGCAAAUCAAAGCAUACUAUGAGCGUGAGAAGGCGUUUCAGAAGCAGGAAGGGCUCCUGAAGAGACUCAAGCCUGGACAGAGCCGGAAGGUCCGUUUCAGCCUGGCUGAUAUGAUUCAGGAUGCUGUCAUCCACCACAACGACAAAGAGGUGCUUCGACUCCUGAAGGAGGGGGCAGACCCACACACUCUGAUUUCUUCAGGAGGGUCCUUACUCCAUCUGUGUGCGCGCUAUGGAAAUGCCUUCGUCACAGAAGUCCUGAUUGACAGGGGGGCCAAUGUCAACCACCAAGAUGAGGACUUCUGGACACCAAUGCACAUUGCGUGUGCCUGUGACAACCCAGACGUUGUCCUGCUGCUCUUAUUAGCUGGAGCCAAUGUCCUUCUGCAGGAUGUGAAUGGAAAUAUCCCAUUAGAUUAUGCUGUCGAAGGGACAGAAUCAAGCGCAAUCCUGCUGGCAUAUCUGGAUGAAAACGGGGUGGACCUCUCCUCACUGCGCAAGUUGAAGCUUCAGAAACCCAUGAGUAUGUUAACAGAUGUCAGACAAUUCUUAUCUGCGGGAGGAGACAUUAAUGAGAAAAACGAUGAUGGUGUCACACUGCUGCACAUGGCGUGUGCAAGUGGCUACAGGGAGGUGGCGUUGCUUAUCCUGGAACAUGGUGGAGACCUCAACAUCACUGAUGACCAGCGCUGCACACCCCUGCAUUUGGCAGCCAAGUAUGGCCAGACAAACCUGGUGAAACUCCUUUUGAUGCAUCAGGCAAACCCUAACAUUGUGAACUGCAAUGAAGAGAAGCCAUCAGCAUGGACAAGCUUGAAAUAUAUGAUGCUGAGUGGGAUAAGGCAGACACAGAAACACCAGUACAGCUUGACUUUACUUAGACGGGACAUGGGAAGCAGUCCCCUGGUGCUACCAAUUGCCAAGCAAGACAGCUUGUUGGAAAAAGACAUCAUGUUCAAAGAUGCAACAAAGGGUCUGUGCAAGCAACAGUCCCAGGAAGGCACCCCUGAGAACACAACCGUGAAUGGUGGCAGCAAGCCUGAGCAGGUUCAGCUCAUGCCUCCUGCUCCCAGCGAUGACCUUGCCACACUCAGUGAGCUCAAUGAUGGCAGCUUACUGUAUGAAAUUCAGAAGCGCUUCGGGAAUGAUCAGAUAUAUACUUUUAUUGGGGACAUCCUCUUGCUUGUUAACCCGUUCAAAGAACUCCCAAUUUAUUCCACUAUGGUGUCACAGCUCUAUCUGAGCCCCACAGGCCAGCGGAGCCCCUUGCUGCCACCCCACCUCUUCUCCUGUGCAGAACGGGCUUUCCACCGACUGUUCCAGGAGCACCGGCCACAGAGCUUCAUCGUCAGUGGAGAGAGAGGAUCGGGGAAGACCGAAGCCAGCAAGCAGAUAGUGAGGCAUCUGACCUGUAGGACCAGCUCUAGCCGGGCUAUGUUUGACUCCAGAUUCAAGCACGCCAUGUGCAUCUUGGAAGCCUUUGGACAUACCAAAACCACACUCAACAAUGUGUCCAGUUGCUUUAUACAGUACUGGGAGCUGCAGUUCUGUGAGAGGAAAAAACAUGUAACUGGAGCCAGAAUUUAUACCUAUAUGCUAGAGAAGUCCAGGCUUGUUGCACAGCCUCUUGGCCAGAGCAAUUUUCUGAUUUUCUCCUUGUUGAUGGAUGGGUUAUCUGCUGAAGAAAAAUCUGGACUUCACCUUAAUAACUUAGGUGCACACCGGUAUUUGAACCAGGGCAUCGGGGAAGAUGUAUCCACAGUCCAGCGUUCUCUGAACAGGGAGAAAUUCAUAGUUCUGAAACAAGCUCUGAGUGUAAUUGGCUUCAGCAACUUGGAGGUGGAGAAUCUCUUCGUUAUUCUAGCAGCAAUAUUAUACAUUGGAGAUAUCGAGUUCACCGCGCUGACGGAGGCUGACUCUGCCUUUGUCUCUGACCUCCAGCUCCUGGAACAAGUGGCUGGUAUGUUGCAAGUAUCCACAGAUGAGCUGGCAUCCGCCUUAACAACUGAUAUUCAGUAUUUUAAAGGAGACGUGAUAAUACGUCGACACACUGUACAUAUUGCUGCAUUUUACCGAGAUCUCUUGGCCAAGUCACUGUACAGUCGUUUGUUUGGCUUUCUGGUGAAUACCAUGAAUGGUUGCCUCCAGAGUCAAGAUGAGUUUAAAAGUCCACCGGCUUUGGAUAUUGGAAUACUGGAUAUCUUUGGUUUCGAAGAAUUUCAGAAGAAUGAAUUUGAACAACUUUGUGUCAACAUGACCAACGAGAAGAUACAUCACUAUAUCAAUGAAGUGCUUUUCCUACAAGAGCAGACAGAGUGUGUAGAAGAGGGGGUUGCCUUGGAAACAGCCUAUUCUCCUGGCAAUCUGGCUGGAGUUUUGGAUUUCUUCUUCCAGAAGCCCUCUGGGUUCCUCUCCCUAUUGGAUGAACAGAGUCAAGUGAUUUGGUCAGUGGAACCAAACCUUCCCAAAAAGCUGCAGAGCCUCCUGGAAUCGUCAAACACAAAUGCAGUGUAUUCCCCCAUGAAGGACGGCAAUGGGAAUGUUGCCCUUAAAGGUCAAGGUCCAGCCUUCACUGUCAUGCACUAUGCAGGAAGGGUAAUGUAUGAAAUUGGUGGAGCAAUUGAAAGAAAUAAAGACGCCCUUUCACAGAACCUUCUAUUUGUAAUGAAAACUAGUGAAAAUGUUGUGAUCAAUCAUUUGUUCCAGUCGAAACUGUCACAAACGGGAUCCCUCGUAUCUUCCUACCCUUCCUUUAAAUUCCAAGGACAUAAAUCCACCCUGCUAAGCAAGAGAACCACAGCCUCUCCAAGUAUUGGAGUAAACAAGAAUUAUCUAGAACUUACUAAGUUAUUAAAAAAGAAAGGCUCUUCCACUUUCCUUCAAAGACUGGAACGAGGAGACCCCAUCACCACAGCAUCACAACUCAGGAAAUCUCUGGCAGACAUCACUGGGAAGCUACAGAAAAGCAGUCCACACUUCGUCCAUUGCAUCAAGCCCAACACCUCGCAGCUGCCAGGCACAUUUGACCACUUCUAUGUGUCUGCACAGUUGCAGUACCUCGGCGUCCUGGAGCUGGUGAAGCUCUUCCGCUAUGGAUACCCAGUGCGCCCAUCCUUCACAGACUUCCUGUCCAGAUAUGAGCCACUGGCUGAUGUGCUUCUGGGUGAGGAGAAGAAGGACCAGUCUGCAGAGGAGAGGUGUCGGCUUGUUCUCCAGAGGUGUAAAUUACAAGGCUGGCAGAUGGGAGUCCGAAAGGCCAGCACCACAGCGAGUCCCCCAAUGCACUCCCCAAAGCUGCAUCAGAGCAAAUCAUGGGUUAUAAGGGGGUUUCUGGCACGCCAGCACUUGCUUCAGAAAAUGAGUGUCAAGCAGCAAGAGGUCACAUCCAUCAAGAGCUUCUUGCAGAGCACAGAGGAUAUGGCACUGAAAACCUAUGAUGCCCUGGUCAUUCAGAAUGCAUCUGACAUUGCCAGGGAGAAUGACCGACUCCGGAAGGAGGUGCAUGCUUCCUGUCACAGGAACAAGCAAGAGGAGGGCACCAAAAGAGCUGAAGACCAAGGUGGGCCCCGGCAUGUCCACUCCAGCACCGUGUCAGUCCCCAUGGCAGUGGAUAGCCUGGCCCAGGCUCUUGCUGGACCGUCCAUCAGGUCACCAUCACUGCACUCCGUGUUCAGCAUGGAUGACAGCCCUGGUCUCCCAUCUCCACGGAAACAGCCUCCACCCAAGCCUAAGAGGGACCCAAACACCCGGCUGAGUGCGUCCUAUGAGGCUGUGAGUGCCUGCCUCUCUGCCGCCAAGGAUGCAGCCAGUGAAGCUCUGACAAGGCCCAGACCCCACAGUGAUGAUUACAGCACCAUGAAGAAAAUCCCUCCUCGCAAGCCAAAGAGAAGCCCCCAUACGAAGCUCAGUGGCUCCUAUGAGGAGAUCUGGGGACCAAGGCCCCCAGGUGCGGUGGGCCAAGCAGUCAGGCACCAGGUCCCAGGGACACUGUGUGUUCAGUGGCCCAGGCCUGACUUAGUGCCUCAGUGUACUCCACAGAUGCCCAUGAGCCUUCCAUUGCCACAAGGGGCCUACGAGGAUGAUUCCGAGCCUGUGUACAUCGAGAUGGUGGGGAACGCAGGCAGGGCAGGUGGGUCAGAGGCCGACAGCCUUGACCAGGGUGAAUCUGUGUAUGAGGAGAUGAAAUACUUCUUGCCAGAGGAGGGCUGUGGACCAGGGAUGCUCUCCUUCUUGCCUGCCUCACCCCCUCUAUUUUUGGAGUCUCGAAAAGCCAUCACCUUGGGGCCUGGUGAAGGGAGCUGCCAGCCUCCCAAGGACACCUGUGAAAUCCCUCCACCCUUCCCCAAUCUGCUUCCCCACCGGCCACCUCUCUUGGUCUUUCCUCCCACCCCAGUAACCUGCUCCCCAGCCUCUGAUGAAUCGCCACUGACACCUCUGGAAGUGAAGAAACUGCCUGUCCUGGAAACCAACCUCAAGUAUCCUGUGCAGUCUGAAGGUUCCAGUCCAUUGUCACCACAGUACUCCAAAACCCAGAAGGGGGACAGCGACCAGCCAGCAUCCCCUGGAUUCACUGUGUUUAACGGAUCCAGCCGAGUCUCACCACCUUCCACACCACCGCCACCCCCUGGGCCACCCCCUGUACCCUGUGGGCCACCCCCUGUGCCCUGUGGGCCACCCGCUGCACCUUGCCGGCCACCCACACACUUCGCCUUUCCACCAGAUACUGUCCUUGCCACUGCAGCUAAAGCAACGGGCAACUCAGACCUGCCCAGAACACAGCCAAAGCCCAGUUCAGCCCCCGUGCCAGGUCCCUGCAGCUCCUUUGGCAAGGCCCCGUAUUCACCAGGAAGGGCAGCAAGAGCCGACCUCAGGAAGACCUCAUCCACCACCUCCUCCCCACCAGGCCAUCACAGCCCACCCAACGCCAGGCCACUGUCCAGCCCCCUGGAUGAGCUGGCCAGCCUCUUCAACUCGGGAAGGAGUGUGCUGCGUAGGUCUGCGGCAGGACGCAGGAUCAGGGAGGCUGAAGGCUUUGGAACUAACAUGAACCUAACUAGCCGGGAAGAUCCCAGUUCAUCAGAAAUUGCUUCGGAUAUUCAAGACAGAAAUGCGAAUAACCAUGGAACUCAGUUAUCCAAUUCACUGUCUAGUGCUGUCACUGCUGAAAAUGGAAAUUCUGUCUCAAAUGGUUUACCUGAGGAUGAUGGGUGCUCAAGGUUGUGUCUGAGUGGCACGGGAACUUCAUCAUUUCAGAGACAUCGAGAAAGUCACACCACCCAGGUAAUCCAUCAGCUGAGGCUCUCAGAGAACGAAAGUGUGGCCCUGCAGGAGCUGCUGGACUGGAGGAGGAAGCUCUGUGAGGAGAGAGAAGAUUGGCAGGAAACACUGCAGCACACAGAGCCCCGUGCACCUCCGCCACCGCCUUGCAAGAAGCCCACACUUCUAAAGAAGCCAGAGGGAGGUUCCUGCACCAGGCUGCCUUCGGAACUCUGGGACAGCACCAUCUGACAUGUGACCUGGACUGCAGGCACAUGACUGAGCUGCCUCCUGACUGCAGCAUCUGCAGGAGGCUGCCUUCUGAUCUCUGGGGUCUCCCCUCCAGGCAUCUCCACAAAAAGCACAGGACACUUGACUGACUACCCAUUUCCUGUGUGUAUGUGUCUGUGUGUGUGUGUUGGUUCCUUCUUAUCCAUUUCUUGGUAGCACACUGAUUUUUAGGGCCACACUGCCCUCAGACAGCCAGAGAGGCUGGGGGAGUGUAUAUGAGGUGGGAGGGCAGAGCAGUGGGGAGAACUACUCCAGUGGCUGCUUUUAGCAUGCCCGGUUUCAGCCGCUGUCCCCCACCCCUCUUGGUGUCUUUACUCCAGUGAGUGCACAGGACAGACAGUUCAUUUCUUUGUAGGUGUUUGUGUGUUAUUAGAAUUACAAACCUGGUGAUCAUUCACCCUUUUAUUACAGUAUUUUAUAACUUUAUGCAAUCGGUGGUGCUCCCUUUAUUCAAAAAUACAGAUUUUAAAAAAUCAUUUCUAGGGUUCUUUUUUUAAUUCUACAUACUUAUUUUUAACCCAAAGCACCUAAAAGCCUGGGGACUGUGUGUUGUCUUGGCUUUGGCUAACCCCUGCAGGAAUGCUGGUCGAGAACCAGGGUUUAGGCUUCACAUUUCUGCAGGAGGUGACUCUUCCCUGCACCCGGCAUUUCCUCUGGAUAAAUGUGGCUUUGGCGUUCAUUGGUUAAGCUUUGUCCUCACCCAACUCCCCAGCGUGGCAUAGAUUACAGGACAUUUAUGGUACUCAGUUCAACACGUAUGGUUUCAGGUUCCUAGUUGGUGAUAGGAGAGGGUUGCAACAGUACAGAUAAGCAGGCUGAGCCUCAUGGGAUGGAGCAGCAGUGUGCUAUCCUCCCUAGGAACACUGCAUGAUUCCCUCUCAGUGUACCCAACCCUGUCAUGCAACGGCCUUGUUCUUCCACGUGCUUCUGCCCACUGUCAGCAAGUUUCACUCAGUGGCUCCACUGUGCCCUGCUCCCUGGAACUUUUGAUUCCUAUCAGGCUUUUCAAAGCUGCUGUGCCAAUAA